AUGGAAGAACAAUUUGGAGAUUGAUGAAGGCUCUAUGAAAGCUUCGAAGGAGGUGAAGGAAGGAGUAGAGAAAAUAUAGAGCUGGCAAUUAAACCUAUUUGUGGGAUAUUAAGAAGAAGCCCUAUUAAGUUAAAGAAAACAACGAAACUCCCUCUUUUAAAUACAAAGUUUAGAGAAGGGAGAGAGAAAAUUUUAGAAAAGAAAUUUAAACAGCACAUGGCUUUAAACAAGAUCAAGCACUUGAAGAGCAAGCUCCAGAAAUAAGUCCUUCUCUAUCAAGAUUUCCAAUACUUUACUGUCAUCUCAAAAACCGAUUUUUGUGAAAAAUAAGAAACUGAACAAUUCUGUUGACAGAAGAUCUAUACCAGCAGAUACUAAUUUUUCAAUUAAGACACUUGAGCAUGUGUCCUCAAAGUCACCCAUUAAAUGCUUGAGAGAUCUUCACAAGGAAAAGCUAAGGGCUUUCAAAUCCCGUGUUAUUGGUGCAAAGAGGGCUAACUCAAACCUCUCUUGAAAAACCAAUGAGUUUACCAAUACUCCUGUAAUGUGUAAAAUCCAUGAAUAUAAUUCCUCAUUCUCUGGGGUCAGAAAUUCAUUAUUCGAAUUCCCUGAAGAAAACUCUCCUAUCUCGAUCAACAAAAGACGCUUCAGCAACAAGGCAAUACGGAUGCUGAGAAGUAAGAAGCAUACUAGCCUCGAAGCUUAUGGAAAUAAAAACGCUACAUUUAAAAGGAACACUCCAAUGCUGAUCCGAGGAGACUCUCCAAUGCAUAUCUAUUAAUCUAAUCCCAUUCAACUCAAUUUCCC